AUGGCUGCGGGGAAGCCCCUUUUCGCAGACGACGGGGUGUCCGUGGUGGCGGCGGAGGAUGGGGUGCUGACCCUGACGCUCGACCGAGGCGAGUGCCGCAUCAACCCCACGAGCAUCGCUCUGCUGAGCCGCGCGCUGGAUGCGGUGGAGCAGGCGGCAGGGCCGAAAGCGUUGGUGGUGGCGGGCACCGGCAAGUUCUUCUGCAACGGAUUGGACAUCGACUGGAUGGGCAAACAUCCUCAGGGCACCGCAAGCAUGAUAGAGAGCUUCUGCCACGUGCUCGCUCGUCUGCUCUCGCUAGGCUGCCCAACGGUCUGCGCCAUCACGGGGCACGGCUUCGGCGCGGGCCUGUUCAUAGCCCUCGCCUGCGACUGGCGGGUGAUGCGCAACGACAAGGCGUGGGUCAACUUCCCCGAGCUCAGCCUGGGCAUGAGACUAUCGAAGGGCUUCGCGGAGCUUUCGAAGGCCAAGCUGACCGCGGCCGCAAUCCGCCUUGGCGUCCUGACGGGCCAGCGCUUCACGAGCUCGGCGGCGCUGGCGUCCGGGAUCGUGGACGCCGAGUGCCCUGAGGCGGAGGUGUUGCCCAGGGCCCAUCAGAUGGCGCUCGAGCUUCUUCCUACGAACCUCAAGCUCAUGAACUUCAAGGCGGAGUCCCUCACCAAGAUGAAGAUCGAGUUGUACACCGACGCCUAUCGGGCCCUCCGGGGCCCCCACGAGAGCCCACCGCACGCGAGGCUGUGA